GCAAGAGCGUGUGCUCAGAGGCUGCCUCUCAAUGGGAGGAGGAUGCAGAUGGAGAAAGCGAGAGAGAGAGAGAGAGAGAGAAAGCGAGAACGCGAAAGGGGAGAUUCUACAGCAGUAAAUGAAGGAUUGCUCCUUAUGUGCCUGUAAACGCGAAAAGCCAAAUCUAUUCUGUGUCAGUGCCAGGGUCUCCUCAAGGGAAGCCAGUGAUAUUUCAAAGGUGGAAAUGGCAAGGCUCUAAAUGUGUUGUUUCUGACUGGCUCAGCUGUCAGCUUUCAGUCACUGUGCCCAACGCUGUUGGUUGUCCUCAGACAAAGUGAAGAAAAGGAAGGAAGAGUAGUGUGACGAGUCAAAGGAGUUUGGGAGUCUCAACCUAAAUCAAGGACGGAGUUGGAUGGGGAUUCCACAUCAGCCUCAAGAUGGAUGGAUUUAAAACAACGUGUUAGAAUACUUAGCAGAUGUGUCCUGUCAUGUCCUGGCUGCUGUGCCUGGUCCUCUGGGUCAGUGGGAGGUCCAUCCAGCUGUGCCAGGCCACCUUUUAUGAGACCAUACAGCUACAGCAGCACCAUGUGACACGGCCUGGAAGGACCUCCAUUCACGUGAUUGAGGGAGGAACAUGUGAGGUGAUUGCUGCUCACAGAUGCUGUAAUAAGAACAAGAUUGAAGAGCGGUCCCAGACAGUCAAGUGUUCCUGUCUACCAGGGAAGGUGGCAGGGACUACCAGGAACAGACCCUCCUGUGUUGACGCAUCCAUAGUGAUUGGGAAGUGGUGGUGCGAGAUGGAGCCCUGCCUGGAGGGAGAGGAGUGCAAGACGCUGCCUGACAACUCAGGCUGGAUGUGUUACGCUGGGAACAAGAUCAAAACCACCCGGAACACCCAACAGCCUGCAAGCGAAGAAUACCUCGAACUUUAGACGGACCAACUGCAGAGAUCAAUCCAAGGACCCAACAAAGACAUUCAGUUUGCUUUCCUGGAUGUGUGAAUUCUCAAAAAAAACUGCUGCUCAAGGGUACUGGGAAUGGUGCAGUUCAAGGAUACCAAUGGGGGACCUUAUUGAAUUCUGAAUUUUGUUCUUUGAGGAAACACUGCUUUUGGAUGUACAGCACAUCUGUUGUCAGAAAACUCAGACAGACUCUGCGAGAUGGGCAGACAUUUCUGGGUUACCUUUAGCAAGUACUUGCAGUGGGGAGUCAGGAUUCUGUAUAUACCAUGUUUCAGUGUCUUCAUGUUAACAAGAACAUUGUCUACAGUAUGAUGGUGGUGAGAUGUAAAUGAUUCCAAACCCUGAUCUGUUCUGUUCUUGUCCAUGUGUUCUAGGUUUCAGACCACAGCCAAAAGUCAAAUAUUUCUCAGACAUUCAAUAACCUAUAGGUUUUACAUCACGUGAGGAUGCAACUGUACAUUGGUUGUUAAAAGGAAUAAUUUGACCAAUAUAACAACACAUAAUUUUGUUAUGGAAAAAAACGUUUUUGUAUUUGAAUGCAUUCAGUCAACUCAGUUGCUUCGUCAUCCCUCUUAGAAAUAACAACACUUAUAGUCCAGUUAUCCUUCAAAAGGUUGAUUGCUCACCAAAAAUACAGUAUGCUUGUUUUGUUUUUUACUCCUUUAGAUGCCUUAUGUGUGUCUUCUUCAACAACAUAUUAAAAGUCUACCAUUGCUCUGUG